AUGGAAAAGAGAAUGAGUGAAAUAUAUACAUGGAGCAUAUUUGAGAGGUUUCAAGAGGAAAUCUUUCAAAUUAAUGCAUAUGUGGUUACGUUCAUACGCGAGAAUGAACAUCAGUGUUUGUGGAAUGUUCAGAGAGAAGAAAUGGAAGGUGCGAGAAUUCGUGAGAUUUCAGUGGAUAAGUCAUCAAACCGUGUCAAUUUUAGCUGUAAGAUGUUUGAAUUCGAUGGAAUUCCUUAUCGGCACCUGUUGGCGUACCUGUUUCGAAUGCAAAUUAGGGAACUCCUUACUGAAUAUAUCUCGCAGAGGUGGACGAAGACAGCAAAAGCGGGUAGGGUGAUGGAUGACUUAGGUAGUGAUGUGAGAGAAAUAUGUAACAGUUCACUUCUUGUGAGGCGACAAGGGCUCUUCCAAUUUGCUUGUACAGUUAUCGAUGAGGCUGUAUUAGAUGAAGAAGAAAAUGAAGUUGUGCGAGAAGCUUUGGAAUCUAGUCAAAAGAAGAUUGCAUUGAUGAGGAGUGCUCGCAAAGAUGGUUCAACGAGUUCUAUCCAAUUGGCUUCAACAAGUCAUAUCCAAGUGCCUUCUUCUCUCGAAAGCCAACAUAAUUUGAAAGAACCACUACAAUUUAGGGCAAAGGGUUGUGGUAAGCAUUUGAAAGGAGGAAAAUAG